AUGUCUGACGCUGUUAUCUCCUACGCUACUUUGAUCCUUUCCGAUGCCGGUUUGGACAUCACCGCCGACAGCUUGACCACUUUGACCAAGGCUGCCGGUGCCUCCAUCGACAACGUCUGGGCUGAAACUUUCGCCAAGGCUUUGGAAGGCAAGGACCUAAAGCAAGUCUUGUCUGGUUUCCACGCCGCUGGCUCUGGUUCCGCCUCUGCUGGUGGUGCUUCCGCUGGUGCCGCUGCCGCUGGUGACGCCGCCGCUGAGGAAGAGGCCCCAGAAGAAGAGAAGGAAGAAUCCGACGACGACAUGGGAUUCGGUCUAUUCGACUAA